AUGCAUGAAGUGACACACACACACACACACCCAUUUAUUUAUUUUUAUCAAAUCCCCCAUCCAUCACACCUUUCAUUUCCCAUACCACCUCAAACCCUCUCUAGCAACCACACCAGAGAAAGUGCAACAUCUAGAAAAAUGACCACCAUGACCACCUCAGCUGCAAUCACCAUCCCCUCCUUCACUGGCCUCAAGGUGGGCCAAUCUGCCCGAUCGUGCCCCGCCAAGGUGCCUGCCUCGCCUGCGCAGGCAUUCUCCGUCAAAGCCUCACUUAAGGAAGUGGGCGUCGCAGUUGCGGCCACCGCCGCGAGCGCGAUGCUUGCGAGCAAUGUCCUCGCCAUCGAGGUCCUCCUGGGUGGCAGCGACGGUACCUUGGCCUUUGUCCCCAAGGAGUUCUCCGUGUCUCCCGGUGAGAAGAUUGUGUUCAAGAACAAUGCAGGGUUCCCACACAAUGUUGUCUUCGACGAGGAUGAGAUCCCCUCUGGUGUGGACGCGUCGAAGAUCUCGAUGAGCGAGGAAGAUUUGCUCAACGCGCCCGGUGAGGUGUAUUCGGUCACAUUGGAUGCCAAGGGCACAUACAGUUUCUACUGUUCACCUCACCAAGGGGCUGGCAUGGUUGGAAAGGUGACCGUUAAUUAGUUUGAUUUUUGGAGGGAACGUGUUUUUUUUUUUUCCUUCUUCUUCUUCUUGGGUUGUGUUGUCUUUUUUGGUAGAGGGGGUGAGGAAAAUGGAUGAGGCAUAAAUACAUGCAUUGCAAUGUAUCUCUCCAUGCAAUAAUGUUCUGAAUGGGUUCAUCUUUCAUGUAUAAUACUAGUCUGUUUUCUGUGUUC